UAUGGCUGCAAGCGGAUUGGAAUUUUGGAAAUCGCAUCACUGCAUUAAACAUGAGUAAUAUUUUUGGUCUCGAAGAUGAUCAAUAUGAUGAGGAAGAAGCAGACGAAAUCUCGUCAAAACUUUGGCAAGAAGCCUGUUGGAUCCUCAUCAAUGCAUACUUUGAUGAGAAAGGACUUGUACGACAGCAAUUGGAUAGUUUUGAUGAAUUUAUUGAAAUGUCUGUUCAGCGUAUCGUGGAGGAUUCGCCACAGAUUGAACUGCAGGCGGAGGCGCAGCACACCACAGGCGAGAUAGAAAAGCCUGUGAAGCACUUGUUGAAAUUUGAACAGAUUUAUCUGUCAAAACCAACCCAUUGGGAGAAAGAUGGUGCACCGUCUCCUAUGAUGCCCAAUGAAGCUAGAUUGAGAAAUUUAACAUAUUCUGCACCAUUGUACGUGGAUAUCACUAAGACGAUCGAGAAGGAUGGUGAAGAUCCGGUUGAGACACAACAUCAAAAAACAUUUAUCGGUAAAAUUCCGAUUAUGUUAAGAUCAAAGUAUUGUUUACUCGCCGGCUUAUCAGAUCGCGACUUGACGGAACUGAACGAAUGUCCGUUGGAUCCCGGCGGAUAUUUUAUUAUCAAUGGCUCAGAGAAGGUCCUUAUAGCUCAGGAAAAAAUGGCGACAAAUACCGUCUACGUAUUCAGCAUGAAAGAUGGUAAAUAUGCUUACAAGGCAGAAAUACGCUCAUGCUUGGAACACAGUUCUCGUCCGACUUCGACUCUAUGGAUCAAUAUGAUGGCCAAGAGUGGUGCCAGCAUUAAAAAGUCUGCUAUAGGCCAACGCAUUAUUGCCAUUAUUCCUUAUAUCAAGCAGGAAAUCCCAAUAAUGGUGGUUUUUCGAGCACUCGGAUUUGUGGCUGAUCGCGAUAUUCUCGAACAUAUUAUUUACGAUUUUGAUGACCCUGAGAUGAUGGAAAUGGUGAAGCCAUCUUUGGAUGAAGCUUUCGUCAUACAGGAACAGAACGUUGCUUUGAAUUUUAUUGGUACUAGAGGUGCCAAGCCUGGAGUAACAAAGGAGAAGCGCAUUAAAUACGCCCGAGAAAUCUUGCAAAAGGAGAUGCUGCCGCACGUCGGCAUAAGCGAUUUUUGUGAAACCAAGAAGGCUUAUUUCCUCGGUUACAUGGUUCAUAGAUUAUUGUCGGCAUCUCUAGGACGAAGGGAAUUGGACGACCGUGAUCAUUACGGUAAUAAGAGAUUGGACUUGGCCGGGCCUCUGCUGGCAUUUUUAUUCCGAGGUUUGUUCAAGAACCUAAUGAAGGAGGUACGUUUGUACGCACAGAAGUUUAUAGAUCGAGGGAAGGACUUUAAUCUCGAGCUGGCUAUCAAGACGAAAAUUAUAACGGACGGUUUGAGAUACUCGCUUGCCACGGGUAACUGGGGCGAUCAGAAGAAAGCGCAUCAGGCAAGGGCAGGUGUGUCACAGGUAUUGAAUAGGUUGACCUUCGCGUCGACAUUGUCGCAUUUAAGACGAGUAAAUUCGCCUAUUGGAAGAGAUGGUAAACUUGCCAAACCACGUCAAUUGCACAACACAUUAUGGGGUAUGCUCUGCCCUGCGGAGACUCCUGAAGGUGCCGCUGUAGGACUAGUGAAAAAUCUGGCCCUGAUGGCGUAUAUAAGCGUUGGAUCGCAGCCAUCUCCUAUUCUGGAAUUCUUGGAGGAAUGGUCCAUGGAGAAUCUGGAAGAGAUAGCACCGAGCGCAAUUGCCGAUGCUACAAAGAUAUUCGUGAACGGAUGCUGGGUCGGUAUCCAUCGGGAUCCAGAUCAAUUGAUGGCCACUUUACGCAAAUUGAGAAGGCAGAUGGAUAUUAUCGUGUCGGAGGUAUCGAUGGUCCGCGAUAUUAGAGACCGUGAGAUAAGGAUAUACACGGACGCUGGUAGAAUCAGCAGACCUUUGCUCAUAGUGGAGGGUCAAAAUUUAUUACUGAAGAAGAGACAUAUUAACAUGUUGAAGGAAAGAGAUUACAACAAUGACGGGUGGCAGGAAUUGGUAGGUAGCGGAGUGGUGGAAUAUAUAGAUACCCUCGAGGAAGAAACUGUUAUGAUAGCUAUGUCACCCGAUGAUCUUAGACAAGAGAAAGAAUACGCAUAUUGUACAACGUACACACAUUGCGAGAUUCAUCCAGCGAUGAUUUUGGGUGUGUGCGCUUCCAUUAUACCAUUCCCCGAUCAUAAUCAGAGUCCUAGGAACACCUAUCAGAGUGCUAUGGGUAAACAAGCUAUGGGUGUAUACAUUACAAACUUUCAUGUGCGCAUGGACACUUUGGCUCAUGUACUAUAUUAUCCUCACAAACCAUUAGUUACAACGAGAUCUAUGGAGUACCUUAGAUUUCGCGAAUUACCGGCUGGCAUUAACAGUAUUGUUGCAAUUCUGUGUUACACGGGAUACAAUCAAGAAGACAGCGUUAUCCUGAAUGCGAGUGCCGUUGAGAGGGGUUUCUUUAGAUCGGUGUUUUAUCGCUCUUACAAGGAAUCCGAGUCGAAGAAGAUCGGCGACCAAGAGGAACAAUUCGAGAAACCCUCGCGCUUAACUUGUUCAGGAAUGCGCAACGCUAUAUAUGACAAAUUGGACGAUGACGGGAUCAUUGCACCUGGAAUUCGAGUAUCUGGCGACGACGUAAUCAUAGGAAAAACGAUAACUUUGCCAGAAACGGACGAUGAGCUGGAUAGUACAACAAAACGUUUUACAAAACGUGAUGCGUCGACCUUCUUGCGAAACAGCGAGACCGGUAUUGUUGAUCAGGUAAUGUUGACAUUAAAUAGCGAAGGAUAUAAAUUUUGCAAGAUUCGAGUGCGCAGUGUACGCAUUCCGCAAAUCGGUGACAAAUUUGCUUCGCGUCACGGACAAAAGGGUACAUGUGGAAUUCAGUACAGGCAAGAAGACAUGCCGUUCUCUUGCGAAGGUCUUACACCCGACAUUAUUAUUAAUCCUCACGCUAUUCCUUCUCGUAUGACUAUUGGUCACUUGAUUGAAUGCAUUCAAGGGAAAGUUUCUGCCAAUAAAGGAGAGAUUGGUGACGCUACUCCGUUUAACGACGCAGUGAACGUGCAAAAAAUUUCCACGCUUUUGCAAGAAUACGGAUAUCAAUUGCGAGGAAAUGAAGUAAUGUAUAAUGGACAUACGGGUCGUAAAAUCAACGCGCAAGUAUUUUUAGGACCGACGUAUUAUCAACGUUUGAAGCAUAUGGUAGACGACAAGAUCCAUAGUAGAGCAAGAGGACCUGUGCAAAUUUUAGUUAGACAACCUAUGGAGGGACGAGCGAGGGAUGGUGGACUUCGUUUUGGAGAGAUGGAACGAGAUUGUCAAAUUUCUCACGGUGCAGCGCAAUUUCUACGAGAACGUUUGUUCGAAGUAUCAGACCCAUAUAGAAUUCACAUUUGUAAUUUCUGUGGUUUAAUUGCUAUAGCGAAUUUGCGGAAUAACACUUUUGAAUGUAAAGGUUGUAAAAACAAGACGCAAAUUUCGCAAAUUAGACUACCGUAUGCAGCGAAGUUACUUUUCCAGGAAUUAAUGGCAAUGAAUAUCGCACCUAGACUAAUGAUACAUUAAGUUUUCUGUAAAUAAUUUAUUUUAUGUAAAAUAAGUAUUGUCCAGUUAUCAUUGUAUGUACAAAUUGCAGUGUUGUACAAUGAAACUCGAGACAAAUUGAUA